AUGGUUCACUCUACGAGCGAGGAACGCGCUGUACAUUUGACACGGGAGGCUGUUGAGUUAAUUGAUGCUGGCCAUCGUGAGGCCGCCUCACGAAACCUCCGAGAAGCCCUCUCCUUGGCUCCAGAGCAUCCGGCAGUCAAGGAAGCUUUUGUUAAGAUUCAGCAGGAAGAGGAAAAUGGCCAUCACCUGCUAGACCUCUGUCGACGCUAUACCGGUGGCAAGGACGAGCCCGCGGGCAAAGACGCCGCUCUCUAUCUCCGUACCGACGGACUCAAGCCUCCCGAGGAGGUUGCAUUGGAAUGUGUCAAGCUCCUGCUGGCGCAAAGGCCCCAUGCCUUGUCGUCGCUGCAGGAUGACAUUAUCUCGGGGCUGGUUCGUCAGAACACCAGCGUGCGACGCUACUUCUCAGAGCAGCUCCAGGUGUCGGUGACCACAUUCUUCGAUGAGAUCUAUGAAAGAGGCGACGGGGCUGCCGUAUGCCUCGACACCGUUGUCUUGGACCCCACUGUAUGGCCGUCCGAAGAUGCUCGUCUGCACUGUGAGCGCGAGCUUUUCUUGCUUUUCAUCGCCAAGCUCAUGGAGUCGGGCCACGACAUGGACGGUCGCUCCCUGAAAGGAAUUGCACGUUUGCUUGCCGUCGAUGCGGCGAAGCUGCAAGAAUUGGUUGACGAUGAAGGACUGGACGUGAUCCUGUCCUCUUUGGAUAGCCGGCUUCCCCUCGAGUGGAGAAGUCAGGCGACCCUAGCAACCGUCAAGUACCUCGAAAUAUCCAAGCAGGUUGGCGAAGAGAGGUUCUCUCGGCUCGUAACUGCCAAGGUCGUCAAGGGUCGCAGCGAUGAUCUCAUCGAGGCAUUCUCGGCCACGGCUGCAGUCUUCCCCGUGAUACCAGAAGUCGCGGCCAACCUCUUCCUGUCGGAGAGCUACUUGGCCGCUUUGGCGCCUUUGACCUCUCGAGACGCGAAGAGCCGCAAGGUCGAGCCCCAUUUUCUGGAAUUGUUGAAUGCUGCGUGCAUGAACAAGGCCUGUCGGGAAGCCAUUUCAAAGCAUCUUUCGACCUGGCUUUCCCAUCUUCUCACCAAUGGCUGCGACGAGAGCUCCGAGAUGGCCGCAGUCAUUCUGGCCAAGGUCCGUACUGCUGCUCAAGUUGGUUCUUCCGACUCCAACGGCAAAGUAGAGGAAGAAAACAGCCGGGUCACCGAGCUCGUCGAUCGCUUCAAGGACUUGAUGUCGAAGCGUAAGACUGAGAACCUAUCCAACGUGAUCGAGGGCUUGGCCUACGCAUCAGUAAAGUCCACUGUCAAGGAACAGCUCGCUACAGACGUGGCAUUCCUACAGGAUCUUGUCAAGAUUCUGCGCGAAAACUGCACCGAUUCGUCAGUGCUGUAUGGUGGUCUCAUGAUCAUUGUGAACCUCACACAAUUCCCACCCACUUUGACAGAAGAGCAGAAGAAAAUGUCCCAACUCAAGUCUUAUGCCGAGGCCUCUCCUAGCGGAGCCCGAGCCAAGCCAGACCCCCUUGAUGACGAGCAACAUGUCAUCGCACGUUGCAAUGCGCUUAUCAAGGCUGGUCUCAUGCCUCUCCUGUUAGAUUGCGGCAAGACGAAUCUCUCCUCGGUGCAAGGUCUCAUGGGCAAGAUCGUCCUUGCCCUGUCAUGGGACCGAAAGUCUCGGGGAACCUUGGCACAGCAAGGUGCUGUCAAAUUCUUGCUCGUUAUGGCAGCCGCAAAGCAGGGGACCCCGGGGACAAACGCCACCGAAGCGGUACAGAAUGCGUCGCAAGCACUUGCACGAAUUUUAAUUUCCGUCAACCCGGUCCACGUGUUCCCGUCUUCUGGCUUCCCCCAGAUCACAUCCGCUAUCCGGCCUCUGACCGCGCUUCUGGUAAGCCCGGAGACGACUAGCAUGACGGCGGAACAACCGCGGAAUCUUUUACCGGUCUUCGAGAGUCUGCUUGCUCUAACGAACCUGGCCUCUCACCCGGAUGAGACUGCUCCUGAAGCUAUCGUCCGUCAGGCCUGGCCCGUAGUAGAGGACCUCUUGCUCUCCAGUAGCCCUAUGGUUCAGCGAGCUGCCUGCGAACUGAUCUGCAAUUUGAUGACUUGCGAGUCCGGUAUCGUCAAAUAUGCCGAUGGGUCGAAGCGCGCUGCGCAACGGCUGCAUGUGCUGCUGGCUCUCACCGACACGGACGAUAUGGCAACCCGGAGCGCUGCUGGUGGAGCUCUUGCGAUGCUGACCGAAUUUGAAGCAGCCAUUGCCGGUAUCCUGGAACGGCCUAGGGGUGUCCCGUUACUGCUGGCCAUGUGCCAGGAAGAAGAUGAGGGUUUAGUGCACCGCGGUGUAGCCUGUGUGCGGAACAUGACCUGCCUCGCCACGGGGGAUAUUGGCCGGCGGGCCAAGGAAGCCAUCAAGGCAAAUGGAGGAGUUAAUAUACUGAGCAGUGUGCUGAAGAAGACGAAGAACCCCGCGGUACUCCAAGUCGGGGUCGAAGCCUUGAAGCCAUUGGUCGAAUAG